AUGACUACACAGGUGCCUGCAGUGUACGCAUGGCCCGAGAGCCACCGGGUGGCUGAGGCGCUGGCCGAUCAUGUGGUGGCGCAGCAGAACAAUGUGCUGGAUGCCAAACGGGCGGUAGAUAACAAGCGUCCCGCCAAUGCCGGGGCAGGCUCUGGGGCCAACAGCGGAACACAGACGCCCACCUCGCCUCCUCCACGUCGGUUCCGAAUCGGCAUUUCCGGCGGCUCGCUGAUCCACGUGCUCAACGAGGGGCUGCUGGCACGUGACGAUGUGCGAUGGGAUCAGUGGGAUAUUUAUUUUGCCGACGAGCGCCUGGUGCCCUUUGACGAUGAGCAGUCCAAUUACGGACUCUUCAAGCGCGAGAUCUACGACAAGAUUCCUGAGGGCACGCCGAAACCACGGGUGUUCCACGUCGAUGAGUCGUUGCUGGACGACGCCCAGGAGGCCGCCGACGCCUACGAAAAGGUGCUCAUCAAGGGCUUUGCAGCCAAGGACUCCGUCAAGCUGCCCAUGUUCGACCUGCUGCUGCUCGGAUGUGCUCCGGAUGGCCACAUCUGCUCGCUGUUCCCCAGCCAUCCUCUUCUGCGAGAGUCUCUUGCUUGGGUUGCGCCCAUCGAAGAUGCUCCCAAGCCCCCGCCCCGACGAAUCACGCUGACUCUGCCCGUAAUCCGACACGCACACCGAGUCACCUUUGUGGUGGAGGGAGCCACCAAGGCGCCCAUCAUCAAGACGAUUUUCGAGCGGCCGGAGAAGGGUCUGCCUAGUUCAUUGGUUAACGAGGCAUGCGCUGGCAAGGUCAGCUGGUUUGUGGACAACGACGCGCUCAAAAACUCGUUUGUGACAAAGAAGGAGUACAAAAUGCUGGUAACCCCCAAGAAGGAGAAGGAGGAUGAGUCGAACUCCGAGCAGGAAAAAAAGAGUGACGCAUAA